CCUGGGAGGUACUUACUUUGCCCCAGGAGAGGGAGGUCGCGGUGUGAAGCUGCUACCGCCGUCGCGCUUCUGGAAGGUGUAAGCGCCGGGCCCAACCAUGUCUUACUGCCGGCAGGAAGGGAAGGAUCAAAUCAUUUUUGUGACCAAAGAAGACCACGAAACCCCAAGCAGUGCAGAGCUGGUGGCUGAUGACCCCAACGAUCCAUAUGAGGAGCAUGGGUUGAUACUGCCAAAUGGAGACAUAAACUGGAACUGCCCAUGCCUUGGGGGAAUGGCCAGCGGCCCCUGUGGGGAGCAGUUCAAGUCAGCCUUUUCGUGCUUCCACUAUAGUACGGAGGAUGUCAAGGGAUCAGACUGUAUAGACCAGUUCCGGGCCAUGCAGGAAUGUAUGCAGAAGUACCCAGACCUCUAUCCCCAAGAGGAUGAGGAAGAGAAAGAAGAGAAGAAGCCAGCAGAACAUGUAGAAGAAACGGCUGCUGCUGAGGCCACUGCAACCAAAGAAGAGGAGGGGUCAAGUUAAUGAAGGCCAGAAGGCACUGGAGCCCAGUCCUUCCAUUUUAGAGUGAUAUGGACCUUUUAUAAAAUGCCUUUUAGUCACCUUCCAAGAAAGUAUCUUUUCCUCUGUUUUGUGCACUGUAAUGUACAAGAUAACUUAUUUUGAUGCUCAGAGGUCUUGGCCUGUUGACAUAUACACUGAAAAAAAUGGGGAUUAUAUGUAUGUGUUUCAUAUACAAACCAGUGAGCAAAUGUAGCCUCUACUUUUGAAUUCACUUCUCAGAUUGCUCUGAAUUUUACCACUUUGAAAUAGUGGGCUGAAUAUUGCCAGCAUCCAAAAAUCACUAUCCAGGAAUGUUUCUUAUGAGUGAGUUGAUUUAUUCUGAUUCAUCAUAUUUAUACCUUUUAGUAGAUUUUAUACCCUUUGGGUAAUGAAAGAGAAACAAAACAUCUUCCUUUAAAAUGCUGGGGUGGGGCCAAUUCCUGCUUAGAAGAGGCUAGAUGGUGAGGUACUUACUACUUAAAAAGCAUCUUGACCUUGAGCGUAUAAGGGGGUGCUACACUUCAUUCCUGAUACAUUUUGGUUUCCAUUUUUUUAGGUUUUUCUAAUUUCAGAAGGUGGAGAUUUGGACCCUCCCAUUCAUGAUCCCUUUCUAGUGAAGAGAAAGGGUGGUUCUUACUGUUCUUGCUAUUCCAAAAACCCUAGUUUGGGACCUGUGUUCACACUGGCUUUCAGUCUGGUCAGAUGCAAUGUUCUGAGAGGUGGGGACCCAGUUGUUACCGGAGUAGCAGCCAGGAGAAGUAAGAGCGUGAAUUAAGUAAUUAAAAGAAACUGUGAUUUCUACGUGAUUUUGAAUGUGUUCUUUGCUUUUCCUAAUAAAAAUUAUUUUUGAUGUA